GCCUCGGGAGGGCCUGGCGGAGACCCGGACCUGCGGCGCCUGAAAGCGGGUCCGAACAGCUAGCUGCCCUUCCCGUCCCCCUUUGUCGCUCACUUCCUCCUCCCGUUCCUUCCUUCGUCCCUUGCUUUUCCCCCUGCGGCGGCUGCGCCGGCCGGACAGUGAAUCUGCCGCCAAGACCGAAGCUGAGCGAACCGCCCGCCGAGCCGCCCGCCGGGCCCGCCUCCUCCCGGCUCUUCCUUCCUGCGUGCGCCCCCGGUGGGUCUGGCGGAACUGGCCGCGGCCCCCGAACGUUCACCGGCGAUGGGAGGCCGGCUGUUCGGGAGGAGGACGUGACUGUCGGAGGCGAGGAGGCGCUCUUCUGCCCGGGGAAGCGCCUGGAGCGGAGAGCAGGAACGUCGGAAAAGGAUCCCAGGCUGUUUAGAGGCAUUAGGUUGUCAGUUUGAAUCCCAGGGAUCGGAGAAGGAAAUGUGGUUAGUAACCAGCUAACAGUGGAGAAAAACGGAACUCCAGGAGAUAGGAGAACUGGACAUUAUCCCACGGCUAGCUUAUUUGGAAAGCCUCAGCCUUUCUGGUAGUUGCAAGAGCUAGCCAGGGGCUGCUCAGUUUCCUCUCUGAUACUUUCUCUUGCGCCUUGAGAGCUGGCAGGACGGGAAGCUCCUGGACUUUAACAGACGCGGAUCUUGGUUGAAGUCUCUGCGGGAAAGCCAACAGGAGUCGAGAUCUUCUCAGUGUCACCACUGCGUCUCUACCAAGGGGCUUUCCUUCCAACGUCACAGAUCAUAACUGAGUACGCGGGCCUCUCACUGUUGUGGCCUCUCCCGUUGUGGAGCACAGGCUCUGGACACGCAGGCUCAGCGGCCAUGGCUCACGGUCCCAGCCGCUCCACGGCAUGUGGGAUCUUCCCGGACCGGGGCAUGAACCCGUGUCCCCUGCAUCGGCAGGAGGACUCUCAACCACUGUGCCACCAGGGAAACCCAAGAAGAAAGGCAGAAACACUCCAGAUGUCUUCCAGUAGUUACCAAGUUUCUGUCCAAAUGUCAGAAAGAAACACCAGUUGCAUCCCGGAGACAACCUCCAAUGACCUGAAGACAUUUACUGAAGGAGCUGUGUUAAGUUUUCAUAACAUCUGCUAUCGAGUAAAAGUGAAGAGUGGCUUUCUACUUUGUCAGAAAACAGUUGAGAAAGAAAUACUAAAGGAUGUCAAUGGGAUCAUGAAACCUGGCCUCAAUGCCAUUCUGGGACCCACAGGUGGAGGCAAAUCUUCGUUGUUAGAUGUCUUAGCUGCAAGGAAAGAUCCACAUGGAUUAUCUGGAGAUGUUUUGAUCAACGGAGCACCUCGACCUGCCAAUUUUAAAUGUAACUCAGGUUAUGUGGUACAAGAUGAUGUCGUGAUGGGAACUCUGACAGUGAGAGAAAAUUUACAGUUCUCGGCAGCUCUUCGGCUUCCAACAACUAUGACAAAUCAUGAAAAAAAUGAACGGAUUAACACGGUCAUUCACGAGUUAGGUCUGGAUAAAGUGGCAGAUUCCAAGGUUGGAACUCAGUUUAUCCGUGGUGUGUCUGGAGGAGAAAGAAAAAGGACUAGUAUUGCAAUGGAGCUUAUUACUGAUCCAUCCAUCUUGUUCCUGGAUGAGCCCACAACUGGCUUAGAUUCAAGCACAGCAAAUGCUGUCCUUUUGCUUCUGAAGAGGAUGUCUGAACAAGGACGGACAAUCAUCUUCUCCAUUCAUCAGCCUCGUUAUUCCAUCUUCAAGUUGUUUGAUAGCCUUACCUUGUUGGCCUCAGGAAGAUUAAUGUUCCACGGGCCUGCUCAGGAGGCCUUGGGUUACUUUGCAUCCACUGGUUACCACUGUGAGCCCUAUAAUAACCCUGCAGACUUCUUCCUGGAUGUCAUUAAUGGAGACUUCUGUGCUGUGGUGUUAAACAGAGAAGAUGCAGACGGUGAAGCCAAGGAGACUGAAGAGCCUUCCAAGACAGAUACUCCGCUCAUAGGAAAAUUAACUGAGUUUUAUGCCAACUCCUCCUUCUUCAAGGAAACAAAAGUUGAGUUAGACCAACUCUCAGGGGGUCAGAAAAAGAAGAAGAUUUCAGUUUACAAGGAGAUCACCUAUGCCACUUCCUUCUGUCAUCAGCUUAGAUGGAUUUCCAGGCGUUCAUUCAGAAACUUACUGGGGAAUCCCCAGGCUUCUAUAGCUCAGAUAAUUGUCACAAUCGUUCUGGGACUGGUUAUAGGUGUCAUUUUCUACGAUCUAAAAAAUGAUCCUGCAGGAAUCCAGAACAGGUCCGGGGUGCUCUUUUUCCUGACCACCAACCAGUGUUUCAGCAGUGUGUCAGCCGUGGAGCUCCUGGUGGUCGAGAAGAAGCUCUUUAUACAUGAAUAUAUCAGUGGAUAUUACAGAGUGUCCUCUUACUUCUUUGGAAAACUGUUAUCUGAUUUACUGCCCAUGAGGAUGUUACCAAGUAUUAUAUUUACUAGUAUAACAUACUUCCUGUUAGGAUUGAAACCACAGGUGGAGGCCUUCUUCAUCAUGAUGUUUACCCUGAUGAUGGUGGCUUAUUCAGCCAGUUCAAUGGCACUGGCUAUAGCAGCAGGUCAGAGCGUGGUAUCCAUAGCAACGCUUCUCAUGACCAUCUGUUUUGUGUUUAUGAUGAUAUUUUCAGGGCUGUUGGUAAAUCUCAAAACCGUUGUGCCUUGGCUCUCAUGGCUUCAGUACUUCAGCAUUCCUCGAUACGGCUUUGCGGCUUUGCAGCAUAAUGAAUUUUUGGGACAAAACUUCUGCCCAGGACUCAAUGGAACAACAAACAGUACCUGUAGCUAUGCAAUAUGUACUGGCGAAGAAUUUCUGGAAAACCAGGGCAUCGAUCUCUCACCUUGGGGCCUGUGGAGGAAUCACAUAGCCUUGGGAUGCAUGAUUGUUAUCUUCCUUACAAUUGCCUACCUGAAAUUAUUAUUCCUUAAAAAAUUUUCCUAAAUUCCUCUUAAAUUUACAUGAUUUACCCCACAUUAAAAAGGGAGCAUCUUGAU